AUGGAAACCGUCCGAAAUAUUCAAAAUCCAAUACCCCCGGCGCUUCUGAAGCCUUCCAAAUGGCUUUCUAUAUAUGAGGACUUUGUCACCAAGAAUGCAAGCUCGGUGGGUCAAGUCGAAUCUGCGCUGAGAUCCCUGACGUACAUCAUCCCAGGUCGCUAUCGUGAAUCAGAGAUACCCUCAGAAUGUGUACACUCCGGCGUCCAGUUGUUAUCGCUAUACCAUGACUCGUUAGUCUCCAAAGUAGUUGAUCGGCUUCCAUCAACCGUGCCUCGGUCUCCACCUACUCCUCACUCCCGAUACACUAAAUACUGGACGGCCCGGUCCUCGCUGUAUCGCAAGGUUGCGCUUGCGCUUCAGAUGCUCCAGUAUACCGAGCUUCUGUGGGAGAUGGCUGCACGGCGACGAGGCCAGAAGACUCGGUGGCGCGUGGUUGUCUUCAUUGAAUUUGCAAAGGCAAUAUGCCGCUUGCUUCUUCUUCGGUUAACCAAUUCCAGACCCUUGGUCAGCCCACCCCUUCCAGAGCGCGAGGUCGACCCGAGAACCACAGAGGAGGAGCCCCAAAGCGAUUGGAAUGGAAUGGAUAAUCCUGUGGGUGAUCCGUCUUCUGACAUGAGUUGGACGAUGCCUCGGACCGGGCUCUCUCUACCGUCUCUUCCAGAAGUGAACGACGUGUCAAACUAUCUUAUCUCCAAGGUGCUUACAGCGGAUGACAUCAAGCCUCCAAAGGCGCUUCUUCAUCGCGCCACCGGGCAAGGACAGAUGGCCGAAGUGUUUUAUAUUCUCCGACCUGUCAUCUACGCAUUGGCGAUGCAAAGAUGGAGAAACGACAAGCGAAGCUGGCGGCCAUGGCUCAUUGGGUUUGGAAUGGAGUAUGGGUGUCGCCAGCUUGCGAAACGUGACUUCCGCGAGAGAGUUGCCGGGGGUCUCCGGGGGCUCACGGGUCUCGAACGGGACGAAUUGAAGAAGCGUGGAUGGUCGAUGGGAUGGUGGAUGAUGCGCGGUGCCUUUUAUGAAAACAUCACCAAGUCUUGGCUCCAUAGCAUUACUGGAAAGAUGAAGGGCAAGCCUUUACUGGAUUUGGUGGGCAGCAUUGUUGAUGACUAUGAGUACCUCUGGGAUAACUUCUAUUUCUCGACAGCGACACUCUGA